AUGCCACGUGUCAACUUCCCGUGUCUGAACGAAGUGUGCGGUAAAAAGGUGAUAAGUGGUAUAAUGUGCGACGUAUGCGAAAAAUGGGCUCACCAAAAGUGUACAGGGGUCUCUGCAGACAUCCACGCUUUGUACAGUAAACACAAUGGACUUGAAUGGGUGUGCAACGUUUGCAAAACGAUCGCACGCCAGCAUACAGCUCAAAGUGCUGUCCCCGGAAAGCCACCAAGACUGACGGAGACAAAACGAGUGGAAAUUAUGGAAGAAAUGAUUACAGAGGUGUCAGCAAACACUUGUGCUGAGAUGGUGCAAAAAUCACCUGGUGAACCUACUCCAGGAACACGUCAAUUGCAACCAAAUGCUAAGACUGUCAAAUCUAAGCCGACGACAGCAAAUCCGCGCAUCGUCAAGGGCACCCAGGGUAUUUCGGGUAACAGCCUGCUUCACAUUGAGAGUGAACUGCACAAGUUGCGUGCUGAAGUAGCCUCGAUCAAGCUGUUAGUGUAA